AUCAACCGUCAACGGUUUGUCCAACUUCACUUCUCGCCCACACUGCACACUCGAAUGAAUUCCCCCAGCAUCACGCCUGGCAAAGCCGUGCCGUCAAACGGCGUGUCCAUUUUCAUUCAGCGCCUCGUCGCGCUCCUCGAGGCCGGACCCCACGACAUUGUGGGCUGGGCCGACGACGGGCAAUCGUUUGUGAUCUACCAGCCGACUCUAUUUGCCGCCAACGUGCUUCCUGUCUAUUACGGCCAUCGCAAGUUUCCUACGUUUCUGCGCAUGCUAAACUUCUACGGCUUCCAUCGAUGCCGAAGUAAACACGUCGAGUUCAGCCACUUGACGUUCCAGCGAGGGAAUGACGCAGGCCAGAUGAUGAUCCGGCGGCGUUUCAAGCAAGAGCUUGACAACGACGACCGUGAGAUUGUCGAAGACAUUGAAGAGACGAUUCUGGGCAUCACAAGACAUCUCGAACGAGAACGACGGCUGGACGACAUGGUGUUGCGCGAGUACUUGGACGUCCUGUUGCGGACGCCGCAGCCGUCCGAACAGGCACUUCUACCGUCGCCACCAAUCUCGUCGAGUUACCAUUCUCCAUGCUCGAUUCCUCGGCCUACAGUAGCGACAACAUGCGCGACUCCCGCGUUCAAGAUGACCACCGCCGUCGGCCAAUUUCCGUCCGCCAUUUUCGAAUUUCCAUCGUCGUGAUACACCAUCCUCCAGGAUAUACCACUGUAGUAAUUCUAUUUUACUGUUAAUCCUGCAGUGUAUUUUAAAAAUGAAGUUUA